AUGGUUCGCAUCAUCUCCGCCGCCGUCGCCUUCCUGGCCUUCUUCGCCACCACCGAGGCCUGCGCCGGUUGGUACCAGUGCAAGUACAAUGAUGGACGCCACUGCUGUGUGAUUGACGGCGGCCUCGGCGCCGGCGGAUGCCCUUCCAAGUGCGACGGCGGCUCCAAGUGGCCCGCGGAGUGCGUCAGCCAGACCACCGGCAACUCCCGUACUGAGUAG